AUGACAGUCAGCACUGCCCAAAAGGAAGUGUCGGAGGCGGUGAAUAACGACAACCGCGAUGUUUCCGACUUAUGGAAAGAGGCUCUCAAGGCCUACAAAGGGAUUGUAGGGUUCGACCUGGAGCGUAAGUUCGAUAACGUUCAGGCGAUGAUUAAUCAAGGCACCCACGAGAUGGAGAACUUUCACAAGUUUCGCCAUAACGACAAGAAAGUGGACAAACUGAGAAGCCUGUUUGCUGCCAAUCUCGAUUAUAUCGAAAAGGGCGCACAGCAGCUCGUCUCGGCAGCCGUUCCAGCUUUCCCUCCAGCUGCAGCUAUUGGCACUGCGGUCACCAUAAUGCUAAGUGUGGGUGCAUGCCGCCAAGUCUCGGCAGACUAUGACAUCGUGAUGGUGUUCUUUGAAGACAUGAACAGCUUUUUGCAGCGUAUCACGAUUCUCGAGACCCGACUCCCGAAACACAAGGGUUAUCAAAACUGUCUCAUGGACGUUUUCACGUCUUUCCUAGUCAUGUGUGGCUUUGCCCAUAAGUUCAUCGAACUAGGCCGUUUCAGUGAGUCAAGGAACAAAAUGAAAAUAAUACCGAUCACUCAUUCAAGAUUUCUAAUCGCUCGUAAAGGCAUGGAUCUCAAGAUUCGACAUCUCCAGCAAGCGACAGAAUUUGCAAUCCUUGGCAACACGGAAGAGAUCCAAAAGAUGAGCACAGAGUUGUUGACCAACCAAGAAACACAUACUGCAAUGCUGGAGAAGCAGAUGCAGGUCAUGAACUCGAUUCGUGACACCACCGAGAUGAUUCAAAGUGACAUGGCGAAGUUGCUGAAAGCCUUCAAUGACCAAAAACGCGAAGAAAAGAAGGACCGAGGCAAUGACCAACGUGCCAAGGCGGUGGAGCAAAACAAGCCUCCAUCUGCAAAGAGGAUCCGCAAUAUCCUAGUUGAGGUAGAGGGGGAAGGCCAUGAGUACCUCGUCUUGAAGGAAACGCUUGUUAAGGACACCUGCACUUGGGUCUUUUUGCAGCCCGCAUGGGACGAGUGGCUGAAGCAGGGCCAAGCCGACCACUUGACUCUGGCCAUCACCGGCGAACCUGGCUCUGGGAAAAGCCACAUUGGGCUCACAGUCUACGAAAGGCUGCUUGGUGAAGCCAUGAACGACACUUCGAAGCUUACUUGUGCCGCACAUUUCUACUUCCGGGAACAAUCGUCCAGUCUCUCAAACUUCUGCAACGCUAUCACAACUGUCAUCAUUCAAGCUGUCGAACAGAACGCUUUGCUCUGUGAGCUGGUCAAUGCAGAGGUAAUCAAGGAUGGCUUCGACAUGAAUUCGUAUGUCGCCGAAUCGCUCAUUCGUCAGAUCUUGGUUCCUGCGUUUGGCAAAGCUUCCAAGUUCAAGCUACUUCUGCUCUUAGACGGGCUUGAUGAACUCGAUGAUCUCACCCAGUUUCUUAGUUUUCUCAAAAUUAUACGCGAGGAGAAUCUGAAGAUCACUGUGGCUUUCACGUCUAGACCAGGGGUUCUUUCCACGGUUGAAGAAUCAUCAUCCGUGCUCGCGGUCAAUGUCACGAAAGAAAACCAGAAGGAAGACCUGAGGGCGUUUAUCUGGAGUAACAUCAAUUCCUUGUCUACCAUGAGAAAGUUCGAUCGCUACGUCCAACAACGUAUUGCCGACAAAGUCGAGGAGGUAGCCCCAAGUAAGGUUUUCAUUCGACCAAGAUGUACCGUGGCAUACUAA